UGUCUGAGAAUUACUUAAAUAAAAAAAAAUCUUGCCUCUUCUUCCUUUCCGAAAGAACCCUAGCUUCUUCCACAAACGCCGCUGCUCCCUCCCCACAGCUGCCGACUCCAGUUUAGCUCCGAAAUAUGGCAAGGGGACUGAAGAAACAUUUGAAGAGGCUCAAUGCUCCGAAGCAUUGGAUGCUUGACAAGCUUGGUGGUGCAUUUGCCCCCAAACCUUCGUCUGGACCUCAUAAGUCAAGGGAAUGCCUCCCAUUGAUCCUUAUAUUGAGGAACCGACUGAAAUAUGCUCUCACAUACCGUGAGGUAAUUGCAAUUUUAAUGCAACGACAUGUUUUGGUCGAUGGGAAGGUCAGGACAGACAAGACUUUCCCUGCUGGUUUCAUGGACGUCGUGUCAAUUCCCAAGACAAACGAGAAUUUCCGGCUUCUUUAUGACACAAAAGGUCGAUUCCGCCUACACUCGGUUAGGGAUGAAGAGGCUAAGUAUAAGCUGUGCAAAGUUCGCUCAGUGCAGUUUGGGCAAAAGGGCAUCCCUUAUCUGAACACUUAUGAUGGACGCACUAUCCGUUAUCCUGACCCUCUGAUAAAGGCGAAUGACACCAUCAAGCUGGACCUUGACUCCAACAAGAUUGCUGAUUUCAUUAAGUUUGAUGUAGGAAAUGUUGUGAUGGUGACUGGUGGAAGAAACAGGGGCAGGGUUGGAGUGAUAAAGAACAGGGAGAAGCAUAAGGGAAGCUUUGAAACAAUCCACAUUCAGGAUGCAACCGGACACGAAUUUGCGACUCGACUGGGCAAUGUAUUCACAAUUGGUAAGGGGACUAAGCCAUGGGUGUCCCUACCCAAGGGCAAGGGUAUUAAAUUAUCCAUCAUUGAAGAAGCUAGGAAGAGGCUGGCAAGCCAAGCCGCAGUUACCGCUUAAGAUUUAGUGUAGUGUAGUCAUUGAUGAAAGGUGGGAUUUUGCUGUUGUUAGUUUUGUUUUUUGUUGUGUGAGCUACUGCUAUGAUUUUGUCAUUCCAAAACUCUCUGCUUUAAUGGAUUUAUCUUUUGGAAAUUGUCAUAA